CCAGAACGCUCUGUUAGUGACCUGAGUUCAGGUGGUGCACAUAUUGGCAUGAAUGAGAAUGUGAGCUUCUGCUUCACAAGUUCUGCCCAGGGAAUCUACAUGACAAAGGGCAGACGUCAAACGCCACAGGUAUAAAAGUGGAGGGCAGAGCCGGGAGAUGACAGGACAUCACAUCACCUCACAUCAGCGCACCUGAGGACCACACACAAGCAUCCAAACAUGGGCAAGAUUGUGUUUUACGAGGAGCGCAACUUCCAGGGCCGCUCCUACGAGUGUGCCAGCGACUGCGCCGAGCUGUCCGCCUACCUGAGCCGCUGCCAGUCCUGCCGCGUGGAGAGCGGCUGCUUCGUCCUCUACGAGCGCCCCAACUUCGCCGGGCAGCAGAGCUUCGUGCGCCGCGGGGAGUACCCCGACUACCAGCGCAUGGGCCUCAGCGGAAGCAUCCAGUCCUGCAGACUCAUCCCCCAGUACCGCGGGAACUUCCGCAUGAGGAUGUACGAGCGUGAGAACUUUGCCGGUCAGAUGCGCGAGCUGACGGAGGACUGUGAGUCCAUCCAGGAGAGAUUCCACCUGUCUGACCUGCAGUCCUGCCAGGUGGAGGGACACUGGCUGGCCUGCGAACAGCCCCACUUCCGUGGCCGCGUCUGGUACCUGCGCCCCGGGGAGUACCGCAGCUGGAGAGACAUGGGCGUGUCCAACAUGCCCCGCCUCUGCUCCGUCAGACGCAUCACCGACCUUUCCCUCUUGCAGAUCACGUUCUACGAGGAUAAGAACUUCCAGGGCCGCGCCUUUGAGUGCUCGAGCGACUGCGCCGACCUCCACUCCCGCUUCUCCCGCUGCAACUCCAUCCGCGUGGACAGCGGCAACUGGAUGGUGUACGAGCGCCCCAACUACGCUGGCUACCAGUACUACAUGAAGCAGGGCGAGUACGGAGACUACCAGAGGUGGAUGGGCUUCAACGACUGCGUCAGGUCCUGCCGUAUCAUCCCCGAGCUCCAGGGAACCCACCGCGUCCGCAUCUACGAGCGUCCCGACUUCGGAGGCCAGAUGAUGGAGUUCACCGAGGACUGUCCCUCCGUCAGCGAGCGCUUCCAGCACCAGGACGUGCACUCCUGCAGCGUGAUGGAGGGCUACUGGCUGUUCUAUGAGCAUCCCAACUACAGGGGGCGCCAGUUCCUGCUGCGUCCCGGCCAGUAUCGCCACUUCCUGGAGUGGGGAGGCAUGAGCCCCAGGAUUGGAUCCUUCAAGCGCCUGUCCUUCUAA